UGAUGUCGCAUCAGUCGUGGCAAAGAUGGCCACGUUGGAUCAAUGAAACAAUCGUAUCGUAGUAAUAUUUGUAAUCAAAUGUGUGUUUUUAAUAAUUGUGUUAUUAAGUGUUUGUUUUAUUAAUAAAUAAAUGGAAAAUGGGAAAAGAUCAAGAGCUGCUGGAGGCAGCAAGAAGUGGAAAUGUAACUGUCGUGGAGAAAAUACUUGGACAAAGAGCUAAAAGGAGUGGUCCACUAGCAAGUUUAAGAAGAGGACCUGGAGCUAAUGUGCAAGAUGCUAGUGGAUACUCUGCUCUUCAUCAUGCAGCUCUAAAUGGUCACAGAGAUGUUGUCAAGUUGUUGAUGCAACAUGAAGCAUCAACAAAUGUUGUUGAUGCUAAAGGAUCAUCUCCUCUGCACUUGGCAGCAUGGGCUGGUAACUCAGACAUUGUUAAACUAAUCCUCAGUCAAGGUCCAUCAAUUCCAAAUGUUAAUCUUGCUACAUUGCAUAAUGAGACUGCACUACAUUGUGCUGCACAAUAUGGUCACACGGAAGUUGUUGCACAGCUGUUACAAUACGGAUGUGACCCUGGUAUUCGUAACAGUCGUGGUGAAUCAGCCUUGGACCUUGCUGCUCAAUACGGCAGAUUAGAAACAGUACAAUUAUUAGUAAGAAGACAUCCAGAAUUAAUUGAACCACUUCGUAGUUCUUCCUCAUCUAGAAUAUUUCCACAUACUCCAUUACACUUGGCAUCAAGAAAUGGCCACAGAGCUGUUGUUGAAGUGCUACUUGCAUCUGGAGUUAAUGUUAAUACAAGAACUUCAGCUGGUACGGCAAUGCAUGAAGCUGCACUUUGUGGUAAAAUGGAAGUUGUACGUACCCUACUUGAUCGAGGUGUUGAUCUUGGUAUCAGAGAUUCAAGGCAUAAUACUGUGCUUGAUUUAUUGGGUCAAUUUCCACCGCAUGUUACACAAGAUAUCACUGCUGUCAUAAGAAGACACAGAUCACCAACUGAAGGUGAGAGUGAUGGUGAUAGUGAAAAUUUACCACCAAUACCUGUUCAAAGUAAUGAUUCACUUGGUAGUCCAUAUGAAAAUGUUAGACCCGGUGAUGACAUGUCACCAGUUGAGGGUUCAUCACCAACACAAUGGCAAUUUUAUCAUAAACCACGAGACGAAGAUCGUCGUGUAUCUGGCACCUCUGUCAUGUCAUUCGAUGCUGUGAUGUCCAGUGGAUUAUAUGAAAAAAUUCCAUCAACAACUGAUGACAACAUUUCUGAUUUGAGUUCAUUAUUUGAUAGUGUCUUCAUGUCAAUGUCCGAUACAUUGAAUUCAAUAAAUACGUUUGAUAGUUAUGAUCAAACACCUGAAGAUAGACCAAUUAACACAUCUAGCAAUACAACACCAGUAUCACCACAUAACACAACACGAGGUUCUGACAGUGGAUUAUAUCAAACACCACCAGUGCCAAGGGGUACAGAGAGUAGUUACGCUUCAGAAGAUUUAUCUUUAACAUUACCACCGGGUUUUAGUGGUAGAGAAUCAGAUCAAUUGAGUGUUUCAUCAUCCUCAAGUAUUGGUGGACCAAGCCCAAGGGAAAGACGUUUUUUACCAAAUGAUACAGGUAUACCUGGUAUUUAUUUACCAAUGGCACCAUUGUCCAGUUCCUUGCACAGUCCAGCAUCAAAUAGUAAAGUCUCGCCAACACCACCAAAAAAACCACCAAGAAGAAAUUUAUCAGUAUCACCAACACAUUUACAAACACAAAUGUCAUUGUCAGCUGAUUGUUCACUUGGUCCAAGUAAUUAUGAAUAUUUAUUUCUUGCACGUAGUGGAGCAAGAAGUCACAUUGAUCUUGAACAAUUACAAUCACGUAGAGAUCAAUUACGUCAUGUUACAAGAAGUGUUGAUCAAUAUGUUGAUAUGAAUGCACGUAAUAAUGAUAAUAAUAAUAAACGUUCUGAUAUUGAGCCAGUUGCAUUGACAGCUGUUUAUGGUGAUCGUUUAGUUAAAUUACAAAAUCCAAGAAGAAAAUUACGUCGACAUUGUGAAAAAGCAUAUGAAAAUUUUGAAUAUGAUAUUACAAAAAAAAAUAUUGAUGAAUCACCGUGUAGUGAAAGUGGUUUAUAUGAAGAAAAUUAUGUUACAAAUACAUUAUUAGGAUUAAAAACAUCACAAGAAAGUUUAUUAGAUAAAAAACGUGAUAAUAAUUAUGGACAGCUAUUUAAUGAUGGUAGAGAAGCAAUGGAUAAAAGAUUAAAACGUAUACAAAUGAUGUUACCAACAAGUCCAACUCAUUAUGUACAACCACCAACACCAGAUCAUCCACCACCAUCAGCAAUGCAUGCUGAAAAAUCAAUUCACGAAAGAAUUCGACCGCUUAGUCAGGUUUACAAAAGACGAUCAAGAGACAUGGAGACAGAAACUGAAGAAGAAUUAUUACAAUUUCAACCAGGAUCACUUGAUGCAUCCAGUGGAUCAUUGUCAAGUGUUUCACUAUCUGAUAAGAGUAUGUCAACUGACAAUGUCGAGGAGUACUUUGGUGAUGUACCAUUUGCAGGUUUGUUAAAAGGCUCGGUGACUGCCGAGCGACCACGAACAUUACGAAGAUUACGAAACGUAUAUGGUCAAAGUGGUGGUUGCGGUAUGGGAACUGGAGCUGAUUGUACUGUUGAACGUUUAGAUGAUAAUACAAAUGAAAAUACAUUUCGUAAUAAUGAAAUAAAUCGUGAUAAAGAUGAUAAUAAAUCAUUGAGUAUAAUGUCACCAUUUGAUGAGCAAGAAGAAUGGGCUAAAAUAUCAGAAAUAAUGGCAUCAUUUGGUACUGGAUUAGUUCGUGAAUCAGUAUUUGUAACUGAACUUGAACAAGAAUUUCAAUCAAGACUUGGUUUUACAAAUGAUACAUUAAAUAGUCCAAGUAUACCAACAGACAUUAAUAAAUGGCUAAUAAAUUUAAAUUUAACUGAGUAUGAAUCAUUAUUUAUGAAUUAUGGAUAUGAUGAUUUAGAUUUUAUAAAUGGUAUAUUAGAAGAUAAUGAUUUAAAAGAAAUGGGAAUAACAAGUGAACAUGAUAGAGCUAUUAUUAUGAAUUCAUCAUUAACACUUAAUAAACUUAUUGAUAAAAAAUAUGAUAUACAAUCAAAGACUGUUGAUGAAUGGCUAGCAGCUAUUCAUCUUGAUAAUUAUUCAGAAACAUUUAGAAAACAUUUAUAUUGUGAUAUGGAACGUGUUAAAAGAGUAUGGGAAGUUGAAUUAGCUGCUGUAUUAGAAAUACAAAAACCAGGACAUAGAAAAAGAAUAUUAUCAUCAGUAACUGGUCCAACACCACGUGGACAAAAAACAAAUGGAUCUGGUGGUCCAAAUUUAGAAGAUCUCAAUAAAGAUUUAAACACACUGAAGAGUAGUAUACAACAAUUGAAGGAGGAAAUACGAGAAAAGUUACCAGAUGCAAAUCAAGACAAUGGACAUAGUCAGAUUACAGUUAGUGGAACAAAUGCAGCAACAUCCGGAACACUUAGACAUAGAAAAAAUCGUCCAGCACCACAACCACCACAACGACCAAAUUCUCAUAAUGGUACAUCAACAGCACCAGAACAGCUAGAAAUACGUGCACCAUCAGAAUUAUUAUUUGGUGUACCAUCAACCCUCAAGACACAGUGGAGACAUCAACCAAAAGCUCUAGUCACUGGCACUGUUACAUACAUUGCCAAUUAUUUGGGAUCUACUGUUGUCAAGGAACUAAGGGGUACUGAAUCAACUAAAAAAUCAAUACAAAAGUUAAAAAAAACAUGUCGUGAUCCAAGAGUUAGUUUGGGAAUAACACUUGCAAUAUCAUAUCGUGGUGUUAGAUUUUUAGAUGCUUCAACUAGUGAACCAAUAUGUGAUCAUGAAAUUCGUAAUAUUCAUUGCGCCUGUCAAGAUGCUGAUGAUUUAACACAUUUUGCAUAUAUAACUAAGGAUCAUGCAAGUCGUACACACUUUUGUCACGUUUUCUGUGUGCCAACAAUGGACCAAGCAACCGAAGUAAUACUGACCCUGGGACAAGCAUUCGAGGUAGCAUAUCAAAUGGCCUUACGUGAAAAAAUUGGUAGUCAAACAGUACGUUCACAAUCAGCAAAUCAAUUGGCAAGUCUUGCAACGGGAAAUUUAAUAGAUUCAAAUAUAAAUAAUACAAAAAUUAAUUCAACAAAUGAUAAAACAACAAAUGAUGAUAAAAAUUUACAAAAUACUGGAACAUUAAAAUCUAAAAUUAAAAUUAAAACAAGUAGUAAUACAAAUACGCUUACUAAAAAUUCAACAAAUACAUUAACUAAAAAUUCAACAAAUACAAAAAAUAAUAUAAUAAAUAAUAAUUCAAAUUUAAUAACAAAUUCACCAAAAAUAACAACGACAAAUAAUUGUUCAAAUGGUAAUUCAAGUACAAGUACAAAACCAUUGAUAACACAUGGAAGAUCACAUUCAGUUAAUGACAUAAAAAUUAAUGGAAAUCAAUUAAAAUUAGUACCAACACCAGUUGAUGAUAUUGGAGUUGGUGUCAAAGACAUGAAGCCUGGUUCACGUGCACCAAUUGCACUAUCUGAAGAGUUAUAAAAAAAAAAACAUAAAAAUUUUCAAACAAAUUUAAAUGAAAAUCAACGAAUUUUCUUUUAUAUAUAUAUAUUUUUUUUUGAUAUAUAUAUAUAUUAUUUAUCUAUAUAUCCUUCUGAUGUCACCAGGUGAUUUUACGUUGGCCAAACUGUGAUGAAUUAUUUAUUAAUUAAAUACUUGGACAAUUAUUUUUAUGUCCAUUAAAUUGUCUCGGUCAUGUGCAACGAGUUAUUUUUAGUGAAAAAAAAAAAAAAUAAUAAGAAAAAAUAUUUAAAAAAAUGUGUUAGAUUUUUAAUAAAUAUAUAGAUUUUUUUUUUUUUUUUUUCUUUCUUUUUUUGACUCAUGAUGCUUUUAUUCGUGAUUUUUGCAAUAAAAUUUUUUCAGGAUUUUUCAAUUGUUUAUAUGAAAUUUUGAGGAGGUAAGUUUUGCCUCAUUAUUAUACAAUUUUUGAUUAUUUUAUUUUUGAUUGAUAAUGAUGUAAUUUAUCAUCGUAAAAUAUGCCAAACUUGCUGACUUGUUAAAUUAUUAAAAAAUUAUUAUUUAACAUUCCAAAUUUUUUUUUUUAAAUUACGUCAAUGCUCAAUAUAUUGAUUUUUUUAUUUUGUUAGUUGAACAUUAAAAAAACAAAAAGUAUACAAAUUUAAUUCGCAACACCAAAAAGUAAAUUUUUAGAUCAUUUUACAUAGUGUCAGCCUAAAUUUUUCGAUAGUUAAUCCUCAAAGACUGAGAGCUCUUGUUGAAAUAAUAUUUGAAAAAAAAGUAUUGCCAAUAAAAAUAAAAUCAACUUUUAAUAACUCAGUAAAAUUUUUAGGCGAUAGAUAAUCUUCAUAGCCAAAUAUUCAGCUAUAAAAUUGACAAGCAUGCUAGUUAACCCAAUUAAAUCUACUAAACGGUCCUAGAAAUUUAGACUUUUUUUUAUUUGAAUAUUAAAACGUUCGAGCAUAAUUACGACUUACAUGAUGACAUGAAAAAUAAAGCAAAAAACAGAUUCAAAAGCAAAUUGUAUUGUGCUGAAAACCAAAGAGGCAAGAUCGAAUUUAGCAAAUCCAUUUGACGUAGAAAAAAAAAAAAUAAAAAAGGGUCAGGUACUCUAGAAAUUAUUCCUCAAAUAAUUAUUGCAUAUAUAGUAUUGAGAAAAAAAUAAAAUAAUAA